GACCCAUGCCUCAGACCCAUGCCUCAGACCCAUUGAUACAGCUUCAGGUCUCACGAGUGGCGACUUGUAAGAGGGAAAGCUCACCACGACAAGCAAAGUACCCUCGUGUUGAACAGCUUAGAGCAAUAUGUCUCGUGUAUUAGCACGCUCGGCUUGGCGAACCAGUGAAAUUGCCUCAAGGGGUUGUCUCCAGCACUCAGCCAUUCAAUUUCCCUUCGUGAGUGAUCCAAAGCGGCGCAAUGCCUUCUCCACCACAUCCAGACUUCAGCUCAUGGACACGACUUGCUUCACUGAAACCCAACUCACCGUCCGCUCAGCCGUCGCCCAGCUCUGCGCCCAAUUCCCCAACACCUACUGGCAGGCCAAAGACCAAAAUGAAGAAGACCCCACCGAUUUCCACGGCGCCCUCGCCCAAGCCGGCUGGCUCGGCAUCGCCCUUCCCCCCGAACUAGGCGGGUCCGGCCUCGGCAUCUCCGAGGCCACCAUGAUGAUGCAGACUAUCGCCGAGUCCGGCGCGGGAAUGGCAGGCGCGCAGUCCGUACAUGCGAAUGUGUAUGCCACACAGCCGCUGGCUAGGUUCGGCAGUAAGGGGCAGAUUGAGGGUACGAUCUCGAGAAUUAUUUCCGGGGAGUGGAGGACUUGUUUUGGGGUUACGGAGCCGAGCACGGGACUUGAUACGCUGAGGUUGAGGACGGUGGCUAGGAAGCAGGAUGGGAAUGGUGGCGGGGGUUAUAGUGUGAGUGGGCAGAAGAUAUGGAUUACUUGCGCGAAGGUGGCGAGGAAGAUGAUGUUGCUCGCGCGGACGACGCCGCUGGAGGAGAUCAGGAAACCAAGCGAGGGGCUUUCGCUGUUUUGUAUUGAUUUGGAUGAGUCGGCGCGGGGAUUGGAAAUGCGCAGGAUUAAGAAGAUGGGUGGGCGGGCGGUGGAUGCGAAUGAGGUUUUCUUCGACAAUUAUAAGAUACCGGCUGAUAUGCUUGUUGGUGAGGAGAACCAGGGGUUUCAAGCUAUAUUGCAUGGUAUGAAUGCGGAGCGCUGUCUGCUUGCCGGAGAAGCUUUGGGGCUGGGCUAUGCGGCUCUAAAGAAAGCGGCCGAGUAUGCGCGGGAGAGGGUUGUAUUUCAGAGGCCCAUUGGCAUGAACCAGGGGAUUGCGCACCCGCUAGCGGACGCCUAUAUGCAGCUCGAGGCGGCCAAGCUGGCUGCCUAUCAUGCGGCGAGGCUGUAUGAUGACGAAAACAAUAGUAAUAACGAUGCUUCUAAAGAGGAAAAGAAGGUCCGGCAGCAUGCGAUUGGGGUCGCGGCCAACAGUGCCAAGUACCUGGCGGCCGAGGCGGCAUUCAGGGCGUGCGAGAGGGCGGUCAUGACUCUGGGCGGCAUGGGGUAUGCGGUUGAGUAUGAUGUGGAGAGGUGGUUGAGGGAGAGUCUGGUCCCGAGGAUUGCGCCGGUCAGUAGGGAAAUGAUUAUGAACUAUGUCGGGGAGAAGGUGCUGGGGCUUCCGAGGAGCUACUAGAGUUAUUUAGUACGCACUCGUGGCGUUCGUAGGUGUCGUUGGUGGCAGCAUGGCAUUUGUACAUGCAUGGUGGGCGUCCUCGAUGUGUCGCGACUUCGGUUUGACCCAGUCAAGGUUAAAAAGAACUAUGCAUAAUGACAUGACAUGGUGCAAAAUAAGGGGUAAGCCGUCUAAAGGUAAGAACUUGACCUCCAGAACAAGCAUUGCGAUGUGUGAACGACACAUUUUCAAAUCAUCAUGGACCUGACGCCGAAUUGUGCUCUAGGAUUGAGCGUUUCCA